AUUCGGUGGUUUUGCAGUGAUUUUCUGCAGCGAUGUAGAAAUAUGCCAUAUGCCACACGCGCACGCGCGCACACACAAACCCGCAUCCAUAUGCUACAACCCUGCGAGAAGGACGUCAUCACCCCCCCUCACAUCCUCUGCCUCUGUCCCUGCACGCAGUCAAAGUGCAGCCCCUGAGUAGUUUUGUGCAAUAAUAUGCUCUGUUGUUCCACCCUGGCUCCUGAAACAGCCGACAUUUUCAAAGUGUCUCCGGGUGGAGGGGCACACAGACGCUGCCUCAGCACCACACAGCUGCGAGCAGGCAGUAGCUUAAGCGGAGGGUACAGUGUUGCAGUGCAAUAAUCUGGCUCACUCGCAGCUAGCUUAUCGGUACAGCUGUUGACUGGCAGCAAGUCCACUGAAACUGCACCGACUCUCCUCCGUCCAUCCCGCCGGAGCACCGGCCGAGAGGGGCAAAUGAACGAGCUGGUGAAGAGUUUACCCUCCCCGACUCUGCCCGGGCUGCACCUCCCGUCUGUGGAUACCCACAAAGGCUGGCUCUUUAAAUGGACCAACUACCUGAAGGGCUACCAGAGGCGGUGGUUCGUGCUCAGUAACGGCCUGCUGUCCUACUACAGGACUCAGGCAGAGAUGGCACACACUUGCCGGGGAACAAUUCCCCUGGCGACGGCGCACAUCGAGGUGGGCGACACCUGCCACUUGGUGUUAACCAGCGGAGGCCGGAGUUACCACCUGAAGGCCACCUCCGAGGGAGAGUGCCAGAAAUGGGUGUCAGCACUGCAACAGGCCAAAGCCAAUGCCACUCUCCUCAUGCAUCACUCAGAUGACUCGGGGGAUGAAGUCCCAGUACCUCAGGAGGAUCGUACUCUAACCCAAGGGGUGCUUAAGACUCUGGCCAGCAAGCUAGAUGACCUGAGCACCUGUAAUGAGCUGAUAGGAAAGCAUGGUGCUGCCCUCCAGCGCUCCCUCAGUGAACUCGAGGACCUGCGUGGAUCCACUGACAGCACAGACAAAGUGAAAGCCGUUAAUGAGCGAGCCACUCUCUUUCGCAUCACCUCCAAUGCUAUGAUCAAUGCUUGUCGUGACUUUGUGGACGUGGCAGAAUCUCACAGUCGGAGGUGGCAAAAGGCCCUGCAGCAUGAGAGAGAACAGCGUCACCAUCUGGAGGAGACCAUCGAACAGUUAGCCAAACAGCACAACAGCUUAGAGAGAGCCUGGAGGGAGAAUCCCACCUCAUAUACAGAUGUGCAGGACUCUCAGCUGACCUGUCCUGUGCUUGCUGCUGUAGGCGUGGAGCGAUCCCAGGAGGGAGAUGCGAGCGACGAGAAUGACGAGGCAGAGUUCUUCGAUGCCAUGGAGGACUCACCCGCGUUCAUAACUGUGACUGCUACUGGUAACAUAGAGCACAAGCGCUCAGGGAGUAAUCAGAGUAUGAUGAGUGGAGGCGUGCCCAAUGACUGGACUCACAAUGAGAAUGACACCUCAGGCACAAACCACAUGCAGCUACGAAGAACAAGGCGCAGCCGUAUUCCUGACAAACCAAAUUACUCCCUUAACCUGUGGAGUAUCAUGAAAAAUUGCAUUGGGAAAGAUCUAUCUAAGAUACCCAUGCCUGUAAACUUCAACGAGCCGCUGUCGAUGCUCCAGCGUCUGACUGAGGAUCUGGAGUACAGUGAGCUUCUGGACCGGGCCGCUCGCUGCGACUCGUCCCUGGAGCAGAUGUGCCUGGUGGCUGCCUUUUCUGUCUCUUCCUACUCCACCACAGUCCAUCGCACAGCCAAGCCUUUCAACCCUCUGCUGGGGGAGACUUAUGAGCUGGAUCGACUGGAUGAGUAUGGUUAUCGCUCCAUCUGUGAGCAGGUUAGUCAUCACCCGCCAGCUGCUGCCCACCAUGUGACAUCACAGCGAGGAUGGACCCUGUGGCAGCAUAUCACUAUUGACAGCAAAUUUCGUGGGAAAUAUAUUUCAGUGGUGCCGUUAGGAAACAUUCACCUGCAGUUCCACUCGAGUGGAAACCACUAUGUGUGGAGCAAAGUGACUUCCACAGUGCACAAUAUUAUUGUAGGGAAGCUCUGGAUUGAUCAGUCUGGGGACAUUGACAUUGUAAACACCACAACCAAGGACACCUGUCGUCUCAAAUUCUCCCCCUACAGCUACUUUUCCAGGGAAGUCCCACGCAAAGUGACAGGAGUGGUAGAGGACCGAGAGGGCACAGCUCAUUACAUCCUGUCCGGAACCUGGGAUGAUAAAAUGGAAAGUGCCAAGAUAGUGGAUAGCAGCCAAGGAUGCGGAGGCUCCGAAGGGAAACAAAAGACGGUUUAUCAGACUCUUCCGCCCAAACUGCUGUGGAAGAAAUAUCCCCUUCCAGAAAAUGCAGAGAACAUGCACUUUUUCUCCUCUCUGGCUCUGACCUUGAACGAGCCAGAAGAGGGCGUCGCACCCACUGACAGUCGCUUGCGGCCAGACCAGCGGCUGAUGGAGGCAGGUCUGUGGGAUGAAGCCAACAGUCAGAAGCAACGUCUAGAGGAACGACAGAGGCUGGAGAGGAAAAGAAGGGAGGCGCAAGCUAACCAGGCCCUGGAGGAGGGGCAAGAUAUUGAGGGUUACCAGCCACUGUGGUUUGAAAAGAGGACAGAGGAUACAGGCGAUAACAUCUAUAUCUACAAAGGCGGCUACUGGGAGGCCAAAGAAAGACAAGACUGGAGCCAGUGUCCUCAGAUCUUUUAGACAACAUGCCUCUUGCACCACAGCAUCAGUCAGGCUGAGCGUUUCCUCGUGGUUUAAGGAUACUCUGAAGGAUGGAGAGUUGUGUGUAUGGGUUUGGAUGUACAUGUGUGAGUGAGUGAGACAGCUAAUCUCUCCAGGGAUUUUCAAGCACAAAAACAUCUGGUUUCUAAUUUACUUGCUCCUGCUCUUUUAUAUCUGCAUUUCCAAAAAUGCAUGGCCUCAGUAUAAGAGAGUUAAGAGCAGCGAAUAAUAUAUAUACACUAAAGGGAGUUCUGCGAAACACGCGUCAUCAGGUGUGUGCUUGGGGGGGAUAAUUCUAGGCUGAAGACCGAUGUUUUAUGUUCUUCAAAACUGGCACAACUUGGUGAGAUCUCCCAGUGAUGCUGGGUUUUAAAAGAAAUUUAGCGGGACAAAGCCUUCUUCUGUGCUAGAAGACUUCAAGACCAAUCCCUAUGAUUUCUUGAUGUUCUUUAUUAAUCUGUUUCUCAAAACUGCACAAACCGCAGUUUGAAAGGAUUAACAGUUAUUGUCUGACUGGCCUCUAAAGAACAGUCAUGCCACCAAUAAUCUUGAAAUUACAGUAUGUCCCCCUCCAUCACUCUUACAUUUAGGUCAGUAGCAGAGAGCACCACACACCCACUGAAAGCACUUGAAUAAUGUCUUCACUGACCCUGGAGGAACCUGAGUGUGAGAAAAUGACUAAAGCAACAUAUUUGUGUAAUCUCAGCUUGGACUCUAUAUAAAACUGUAUAUUCAAAAAAAGUGUGCUUAAGCUGAAGAUGCUGAAAGGUUUUUGCCUCAUAUCAGACAAAACUGCCAGCUCAUUAGAUUGCAUGAUAUUAUUUUCAUUGCCACCAGGGGCUUCCCUAAUCAAUUGCCAACACUUGUAAACAGCUGGAAAGGAGUGUUAGUCCCACUCACGGCGAUAAUCGCUCGUUCUUCCACAGCAGUCAUCUGGACAGGUUUAACUUUUUCUUCCAGAGAAACUGCUGUUUCACAUCAAAAUGCCUAAUCAGUCAACUGCAAUGGACUGAUUUUAAGGUCUGGAUCCAGCAGCAAAUGUUUACCAGAUAGGGGAAAAUCGAGUUGCAGUGUAGGAUCCAGGAUUUUUGGAGCGCCACCAUUACCAAGGACUAAAAUGUAGGAUGUUGCUGCUACGGCUGCAUCUGUUUAACUUUAAACUCUGGGGGGGGGGGGUUAUUCAAUGUCAUUCUCCCUCCGAGUAUGCUGGCUUUCAGUCCAAACACAUGCUUGUCAGGUUAAAUGGCUGCAGGUGAAUGUGAGUGUGAUUGGUUAUCUGUUUCCAUGUGUUAGCCCUGCAACAGACUGGCGACCAGCCCAGGGUGUCCACCAGUUCUCAUCCUGCGAGAGCUGGGAUAAGCUCCAGCUUAUUUCUCAGCAGGUCUCAACAAUAACACAACUGACACUGACAGAGAGGGUUUUUUUAUAAAGUCCCAGACUUUGUAAAAGUGAAGUAGUACAUGAAGCACCUGGAGUACCCCUUCAAAUAUCUUGAAACAAAACCGUAAGAGUUGUAAGUAUAAAUCUGCUAAGCUUGGGAUUUUCCUCAGCAAGGGAUUUCAUUGCUGCUGGUGGCAAUUUUAGCCUUAAUUAUGUAACAGAAUAGCAAUUCCCCAGUAGCCCCCACAUUGAAACAAAAAAGAUUUUGUACAGGUUGAAACGGUUCUGCGGGUAUACCUCCAGGUAAAUUCAACUGAGUAAUUGUUUUUAAAAUUGAAUUUACCCAUUAUCAGGGUUUAGCAUUGUGGCAAGUAGCAAUGAACCUGUUCCCUUGCUUAAAAUGGUUGCAAAUGACUCUAUUAGUUAUUUGUAUGUUAAAAUUGUUCUUCAUUUGCGUUAUGUUAGCAAUAAGAAAUGCUGCACGGUCACUUGUGAUUAAAAAAAAAAAAACACUCCCCAAUCAGGGAGGUGUUUUAUGCAGCCCAAAUAUUAAGUUGUAUUAACAUUAUUUCAUCAUAUCACUCAAAAACAUUACACUUGCUCACGUUUUUGUGUGGAGGCAAGCACUUGUGUAAACUGGUAGUAAAUACACUCUAUAACCUGUUUAUUUAUAGUUUACUGUGUAUUACAGCAGGGCAUGAUGCACAAAUAUGGCUGCCUGUUUGGUUUUGGCCUGUAAAUAGCUAGAAUAUACUAGAACUAAAAUUGCUGUAUCAUUUUAAGAAGAUAUACAGUGCUUAACAUCCAUGUUGUCAUAUAUUAAUCUCUAUUGUGUAUACAUAACAAGUCAAGAUUGUAUGCCAGCUAAGGAGAUGUUGGGUAAAUUAGAUAAUGAAUCUUAAGUUUAUAAGCGUACAUAAAUGAUGCAAUGAGAUGUUGAUCAAAUAAAGCACAAUGUCAUGUUUACCUGACAGGACAUGCUACAUAAUUUCAAAGUCCACAGCAAAGUAUAGCUAUGCAUGGUUUUAGCCUGCUUGUGCACUAGGCCUCUUCACCUAGCUAGCUGUUUGUGGAUUGUUACUGAAACACCUUUUGUGCCCAACUGCCUCAGAAAUUUCACAUUUUUGAGCUCAAAUAAAGACUUAAAGCUGCCAGUGUGCAACUGUUUACUGUCACACCAGUGGUUUUUAUAAUCUUCUGUCAAAAAAAGCACAGGUAAUAAAGAAGAAAACAGAGUUUGUCACAAUGCUUUCAAGUGGGUAUUUCUGUCUGGAGCUUUUCUCGACUCCAAAGCAACAAACACGACACUUCCUGUCCUGACCUACAGAAACAUGUAAAAAAAAAUGUAUUAGUUGUUUAACUAAUGUAUUUUACUCGAAAAGAAUAAAUAAAAAGUAAAAAACU